CUCGCUGUCCGCGCCGCGCCUCGGGCGUCCAGAGCGCGCCCCUCGCCCCGCAGCGAGCGCCGCCCGCAGCAGCCCAGCCCAGCCCAGCCUUCCUCCUCCUCCGCCUCCUCCUGCUCCUCCUUCGCCGCCGGACACGCAGCCGCAGGCCGGGGCCGGGACGCAGCUGGGGAGUCAGGGACGCGCGCAGCCCGCCCUUCCCCCUUCGGCUCCCGCACCGCCGGCCGCCUCCCCUCGCCCUCCUCCUCUCCCCUCCCUGCUCCUUCGCUUUUCCUCCUCCUCCUCUCCCGGCCCCGGCUACCAGCACCAUGUCCGCAGGGGGAGAUUUUGGGAACCCACUGAGAAAAUUCAAGUUGGUGUUCCUGGGGGAGCAGAGCGUUGGGAAGACGUCUCUGAUCACGCGGUUCAUGUAUGACAGCUUCGACAACACAUACCAGGCAACCAUUGGGAUUGACUUCUUGUCAAAAACCAUGUACUUGGAGGAUCGUACGGUGCGGCUGCAGCUCUGGGACACAGCAGGCCAGGAGCGAUUCCGCAGCCUGAUCCCCAGCUACAUCCGAGACUCCACAGUGGCCGUGGUGGUGUACGACAUCACAAAUCUCAACUCCUUUCAGCAGACCUCUAAGUGGAUUGAUGACGUCAGGACAGAGAGGGGCAGCGACGUCAUCAUCAUGCUGGUGGGCAACAAGACGGACCUGGCCGACAAGAGGCAGAUAACCAUCGAGGAGGGGGAGCAGCGCGCCAAAGAACUGAGCGUCAUGUUCAUCGAGACCAGCGCAAAGACUGGCUACAACGUGAAGCAGCUCUUCCGACGCGUGGCAUCGGCUCUGCCUGGAAUGGAGAAUGUCCAGGAGAAAAGCAAAGAAGGGAUGAUCGACAUCAAGCUGGACAAACCCCAGGAGCCCCCGGCCAGUGAGGGCGGCUGCUCCUGCUAAUGCAGCCUGACCUGCCGGCUUCCUUCGACACUACUCGCUUGUUGUGUUGCUUCCUAUUGGUUAGCUUCCUAAGGGGGGUGGGAAAUGAGCUUAUCAAGAGGGGAGGACUUUUCUUUUCUCUCUGUCUCUAGGAGUAGGGUGGGUGGGGAGGGAGGCUGGGCAUCAGGGAUCACGUCACUCUUAACAGCUGUUACUUAAACAACUAUUUUUUGGUUUGGUUGUAAUAUAUUGUACUUUAUUAAGAUUGCCAAAAACUGUUAAAAUUAAAAAAAAAAAUUUAAAUCAUGUGUAUACAACUUUUUGCCAGAUAAAAAUGUAGUCAUUUUUAUUUGAAAGAUGUGCUUUUUUGUUUUUGUAUAUUUGUAAACUUAUAGAGAACCUUUCCCACGCACCUCCUCCUUCCUGUCCUCUUUAAACUCUUCGUCACCUCUGCCCGCCUCCCAUCUCCAGCCCCGCAAAUUAAAACAAUUAACUGGGCAGCUUAAUUUGGCUCCAAUCCUGGGCCAUCUGGCCCCGACCAAGCAGGCCCCACCAAAGAGGCCCUACCAACCUGCUUAAAUCAGACGCUGAUGGAACAACACGGCCUCUGCAGAGGCAGCUCUGUCUGUCCUUCCUCGGCCAGAGGGGGACAUCAGCCAGGGCCCUGAGCUCAAAUUAAGGCCUCGUGGCCUGUAGGGAGCCCAGCCGCAGGCCACAUUGGAAUUAUUUUUGCCUCUCCUUUCCCAUCCCUGAAAAGCCUCGAAGUGGGAGGCACUUGCCACAGGCAACCUUGUGUGCUCUGUGGUCCGCCCAGUGAUUGGCUGUGUAAGAGGUCAUCAGAAGGAAGGACGGGGUGCUGUGGGCUGUGUCACUGUGUGGUUUAUAGACUUGGGGCACCACGCAUAGUUCUGAAUAUGUUUUAACCAACCUGCCCAGUGAUCAGAACACAUGUCUUGGUUGAAUCUAAGGGAAGGGCAAAAAGAAACUCAGUGUGGGCCCCCCUGAAACCCUCCUCUUUGGCCAUCAGGGAAGCCGGAGCCUGUAUCCCAUGGUAUUAGUCUGUCUGUGAGUGGGGAAGGGAGGGUUGUCUGCAGAACCGCCACCUUGAAGAUGCAUGUUCUCAGAUCCUCGGUUGCUGAUACUGUUGAGUGCUGUUCUGGAAAAGCUGACUUCUUGAUGUGUUUUCACCCCACUGGUAGAGUGCAGUUGAAAUGUUUGUGCACAUACCUUUGUGGACACUGUAUCAGCACUGGUUGCCUGAGGGUCGGGCUGAGGUGAGGUCUCCAGAAGGCUGCCCAGAGAGCCAUUCUUGCCAUUUUUGACUCAUUUCUGACAAGGGCUUAGUCCCGAAGACCUGUAAAUUCUCUGAAGAGAGCUCUCUCUUCUCACUAAGUGAUAUAACCCACGUGGCCCCCAUUCCAAAUAGACCCAGACUCACCAACCCUGAGCCUGCACAAAGCCAGGCGGUGGGCACCAACUCUGGUGGAAAAUGAUAAACCCCACCCUCCAAGCUGGCUUUGACUCUUCCUCCAGGCCACUGUUGGGCAUGUCUUAAGUGAGCUAAAUGACCAUCUGGGUGUGGUAGGAGGUGAAUUCCUCCACAAAACAGGGCUCCAACAAGUCAUCGCAAUGAAUCUUGGAACUUCUCAGAGAUGAAUCCAAAAUGGCAACCAGUAACUGCAUCAGAACCUGGCAGGACUCUCUGAUCCUUGUCCAGUGGGCCUGUCACACACUGUCAGCUAAGGAGACUAUACCUCAGAGCUGAUCCUUAGAGAGGAAUUCACCUUCAGGUGAAGAAAAGAGGAAGCCAGAGUCCCACGGAGCUCCUCUUCCAAAAGGCAAAGACCAAUGUACGAACAUAAUUCCAAUGUCACGUGUUUAGUUUUUAUAUGUGUGUACAGAAUUAUAUAUAGAGAUAGACUUGUGUAUACACCUUCCACACACACAUUCUCACAGAGAUACAUGUGCUCAAUGUAUAUUCUUGUUUUUCCUGCUCUCAAUUUGGAGCUUGCAUUGUGGUAACAGUUUUGGAAAUUCAAAAGUACUGCAACGUGUUGAAAUAAGAAAUACUUAAUAUUGUCCAAAAAACUUGUGAUUGUCUUGCCAUCAAUAAAAUAAUACAUAGAUGUGUUAAACUACAGGCAAAAAUAGCCCACAGGAAUAUGUGCACCAUUUCUCUCUCUAUGUACUUAUAUGCACGGGUGUGCACGCCCAUGUGGGCCAGUAUCCCCCACCAUGGCACACCCCCAAGUGGUGCUUGUUGGAAGAGUGCUUACUUACCUCGGGAGAACUUACAGGAGUCCAUGUUCCAGCAUCUGGUCUGGUUGGCAUGAGGGCCAUUGCUUGUGGCCUCUGGGACGCCCCAUUUACAGGGAUCUGCAUUAGAUCCCAGUGAAUGAAUGUAUGGUGGAUUUUUAUUUUCUUGGUACUAAAGAGUAGCUUUUCUUAAAACAUUCCUGUAAAAAAAUAAGUAGAAACUCAGCUCCCUUCUCAUAUGUGAAGGCACCGUGAACUUUUUUUCCAGCCUAGAGCAGUAAGAGACACAGUAGAUAUCGUUUGGCUUGACAUGGCCUCGGUGAGCCCUGCCUUUCUUAGCAUGCACACAUCUUCUUCUCUCGAGUCCAGGUUCUCCCCAACCCCAGGGCCUCUGCAGGUGUGGGCAGUUGCCUCCUCUCGUCCUCCCAUCUCAGUGGUGCCCUGCUAUUCCAUGACCCUCUUUUCUGCAGGCCUGAUUUCCACCCCUCAUUUUUGGGGUCUGUUAGGGCCGUCAGACCUAAGCACACUGGUUCCUUGGCUCUCGUUUUGAACAGGUACCACCACUGUCCUCUUGCUUGUAGGUGGGAUCUUGACUCAGAUUUAAGGCUCAAUGAUAAAAUGACCAGGUUCCUUUGAAGAAGAUGUCAUGAAAUUGCCUCAGCAUCCCCAGUGAGGGUAGAACAUUUUUGCUGAAUCCACAUGGCCUUGCACAAGGCCAAGUGAGGGAAUUCUUUUUAGGAAAUGACCUCAAUUUAGCCAGUAGUUCAGAGUCUCUCCCCAAAGACUACCCUAACCUGGGAGAGGAGCAGGGUCAUCUUUAGGUCCUCUUUUUGUCUUUGGGGAUCUCAAAGAAAACCUGUCAAUAAAGCUCCUGUUUUGCAAGCAUCUGAAAAAUUGAGCAUAAGAUGGAAAAAGCAGACCGCAUACUUAUAAAUGCAUACAAGUGCCAGAAGAACGUGUGCCGUCAGCAGCGGGAGGGCUCGACCUGCUGUUGUGUAGUCCAAGGUUAGCAGGCUUGAUUAUAAGCUAGUUUCUUUUGGUCAGAGGCCUCCCUGUGAUGACUGUCACCACUCUUUUCGUGUCAGCAUCCUCAAACAUUCUGUAAUAUUCCCAGGUCCAAGGAGCAAUGGCCAGAUCAGUUCAGGCGUCUCAGGCAACAGAAACAAGGAUUGAAAGGUGGUAGCUAAGGGUGCAGACACAACUUGAGUGCGUCUCUGUCCUCCCGGUGGCCAGCUAGUGCUGGGAGCCUCUGCCCUCUAAUACCAGGUGUGACAGUAAUGGCACCGCUGGCUUCGGUGUCCGGCAGGCAGAGCAGCCUCUUUCCUGCACUCAGUGGAAGGCAGGUGAGGAUGUCAGGAUGUGAGACAGGUAGCCAAGGACUGAGGCGUGUCUGAGCCACAUGAGGGGCGGCUGAACAGAAGUAUGUCUGUGUGCAUCGACCAGGCAGGGUUGUGUGCUCACUAGUUUCCAAACUACCUCUCCCCCAAGAAUGUGAGGCAUCGUCACCUGGCUACAGCGGUGUGAGGCAGAGGUCUCAUAACCCUUCCUGUUCCACAGGCAGGAAAACCAAGACAGAGAGGGGUGACUUGCUUAUGAUCACCCAGCAAGUCGGAAGCAGUGAGAACCAGGGUUUCCCUUCUUCAUCCGUCGCUGACCUGUGUGUCAAAUGUGACUGUGCACUUGCACAUAAAGGGCUGCUGUGCAUGGGUGCUCCUCAGACCAUCUCUGCUCUGGUUAGGACCUAAGAUUCUGUCCAGCGUGUCUGAGUGAGCCGGGAAAGAAUCCACGUACAUUUCAGGCUCCUCCAUUGCAGAGGAGGGCCCGUCCCCAAGUCCGUUCUGAUUGUUGUGGGCACCCACAGACCAGGGCACCCUUAUAUUUUUGUUUGAAAUGAACUAUGUAGGUGUUCCAAAGCCUUGGGCUCUCAAUGUGUAAACUCCCUGGAUGCCAGGCCCCUGUGUGGCUGACCUUCCUGGCAGGGCAUGGUUUUUCCUUCCAGUGGGGUUUUGAUGGUUCCUUCCGGUGGGAAGCCUCCAUACGUUGAAGGCCAGCCUGUAUCACGUGGUGUGUGUCAACUUCUCCCCUCACUUUCCCUCACCCAUCCCCAUAAAAGUGAUUGGCCAUGACGAGCACAGAGGGUGGCAUUUCCAUCUCUUACUGGCUCAGCAGGCAUAAAUGGGCACAUUGACUUUACAUAAAACUGUGUAAAAUGUGGAAGACUCAGCAUGUUGAUCAAAUAAACUGUCCUAAUUCUCAA